AUGUCGAGACAGGCGGGUGAAGCUGGUCAGGCCAGCAAAAUCGUUGGCAUUUCGUUGCCUGAAGAUGAUUUCGAAUUCAUCGAAACUCCCGCAGCUCCAUCCCCAGCACCGGAAUCGCAGAAUUUUGGUGUGAGAACGACGUCGGUAGGGAGCAUCGGAGCAUUCACCUCAAUGCAGGGAUGUCGUCAAGGCUGACAUGUGACACUGCAGUACCCUGCCAUCAAGAACGCUCCUCUUCCCGCAGAUGGCCCCGGCAGCGAUACCUUCAACAACCUCUUCCUCGUUACCCUGAUCGUUGGCAUCCCAGCCUACUUUGCCUGGUCCGUGGGCGGUGGCUUCUUCACAUGGCUUUUCUUCGCCAUCCUUUCCGGCUUUCCAAUCCUCGCCUCCUUCUGGGCCGUCGCUUCGGCUAUGAGCCCUCGCAUCAACGAGAAGGCCCGCUACCCCGGAGCACCAGUCGAGCACUACCUCAAGUUCGAGAAGGAGAGUGACAGGAUAAAGUACAGAGGCAAGAACAAGAUUCCAAUGGAGACGUUCCAUGAGAUGUACGCUGCUGGGGAGGUGGAAUUCAAGGGCGAUGCCUUGGAGGUCAUGGAGUACAGACACGACUGGGCCAGCUUCCGCUUCACAGUGUCACUCUUCUGGUUCUUCUUGACUGGAAUGAUGCCUGAGGUCAUUAUGCACUCUCGCUCGCAGGACGAGGAACAGGUUCGUGACCACUACGACCGCGGCGACGACUUCUACGGCUGGUUCUUGGGUCCACGAAUGAUCUACACGUCUGGCAUUAUCUCAGACAUCAACAAGGAAGAGAGCUUGGAGCAACUGCAGGACAACAAGAUGUCGAUUGUGUGUGAGAAGAUCGGUCUCAAACCUGGUGAGAAGAUGCUCGACAUUGGCUGCGGAUGGGGCACGCUUGCCAAAUUCGCAUCCGCCAACUACGAUGCCAAUGUCACGGGUGUCACUCUGGGCCGCAACCAAACCGCAUGGGGCAACAGCGGUCUCCGCAAAGCUGGUGUUCCUGAAGAGCAGAGCCGCAUUCUGUGUAUGGACUACCGCGACAUUCCCGUUCCAGAAGGUGGAUGGAACAAAAUCACCUGUCUGGAGAUGGCCGAGCACGUUGGUGUUCGGUACUUCAGCACUUUCUUGAAGCAAGUAUACGACAUGCUCGACGACGAUGGCGUUUUCUUUCUGCAAAUCGCCGGUUUGCGGAAGUGCUGGCAGUACGAAGAUCUCAUCUGGGGUCUUUUCAUGAACAAGUACAUCUUCCCUGGUGCUGACGCUUCAACGCCGCUCGGAUGGUUUACCGACAAGCUUGAGGGUGCCGGAUUUGAGAUCAAGGGUAUCGACACCAUUGGUGUACACUACUCCGCUACGCUUUGGAGAUGGUACCGCAACUGGAUUGGGAACAAGGAUAAGAUCAUUCCUAAGUACGGCAACCGCUGGUACAGGGUGAGUUGCUCCAGAUUUCUUCAAUGUUGUCGCCUUCACUGACCGAUUUAGAUCUGGGAGUACUUCCUCGCCUACAGCACCAUCACUUCCCGUCAAGGAGGCGCCACGUGUUUUCAGAUCACGCUCGUGAAGAACAUCAACUCCACGCACAGAGUUGAGGGCAUUCCAACUCAAUUCGGCCUCGCAGGCGCCCUUGAGCACAGCCAGGCCAAGGGGAAGUCGGGUUUCCCAAUCAACAAAGUCUAG